GUUGAAGCGGAGACGUCGAGAGCGAUGUCUCGUUCUUGGAUCCUCCAGACCCAAAUCGAAUUAGGGUUGCUUUCGUCCUCGACUCCUACACUUGAGUAGAAUUCUCUCGAGAAUCUUUCGUGUCUUUGUUUGGGUCCGGGGGAUUCGGAGGGAUUCACGUCCUUGCACUCUGGUUCGGUGACGGGAGGAAGCCGAUUUGGGAGUCGCAUCAGGGGUGUCCGUUUCGGGGAAAGAUGAUGCUGUCGCUGCUGAGCGAUGCGAGGCAGCACCUGCAGCAGCAUCCGGCGCCACCGCCGCCGCCACCGCCUCAGCAUCCGCCGCCAUUUGGAUCGGGUGGUGGCGGAGGGUUAGGGUUCCUUAAGGGUUCGCUGGGGGAGCUUGAGGAGGUGUCGGAUCUUCUGCAGUCCGUGGAUGGGGCUGUGGAUGUCAAAUGCUUGCCUCGAUCGAAGUCGGAUGAAGUUGACGAGGACAUGUAUUUGGCUAUAGCUCAUCAGAAUUAUAAAGCUGCAAAAUACAAGCAGGCAUUAGAAUAUGGCAAUGCUGUUUACGAAAGGAAUCCACGGCGGAAGGACAAUCUCCUCCUCCUCGGUGCAAUCUACUACCAGCUCCAUGACUAUGACAUGUGUAUUGCGAGGAAUGAGGAAGCUCUUGGUAUUGAUCCUCAUUUUUCAGAGUGUUACGGAAAUAUGGCAAAUGCAUGGAAGGAAAAAGGCAAUGUUGACCUUGCUAUUCGUUACUAUCUGACUGCCAUUGAGAUUCAGCCUAACUUCUGUGAUGCCUGGUCAAACUUGGCAAGUGCGUACAUGCAGAAAGGAAGACUCAAUGAGGCAGCCCAAUGCUGUCGGCAGGCCCUUGCGCUAAACCCUUUCUUGGUUGAUGCUCAUAGUAAUCUUGGCAAUCUGAUGAAAGCUCAAGGCUUUGUUCAAGAGGCAUAUAAAUGCUAUCUUGAGGCCUUGCGUAUACAACCUACUUUUGCCAUUGCAUGGUCCAAUCUUGCUGGGCUCUUCAUGGAGGCAGGAGACCUUAGCAAAGCCCUUAUGUAUUAUAAGGAAGCUAUUAAAUUGAAACCAUCAUUUGCUGAUGCUUACUUGAACCAAGGAAAUGUUUACAAGGCCAUGGGAAUGCUUCAGGAGGCUAUCAUGUGCUAUCGACAUGCUGUUCAGGCACGUCCAAACUAUGCCAUGGCUUAUGGAAAUCUUGCUAGUACGUUCUAUGAGCAAGGUCAGCUAGAUUUAGCUAUUCAUCACUACAAUCAAGCCAUAACUUGUGAUCCACGGUUCGUGGAGGCAUACAAUAAUCUGGGAAAUGCUCUGAAAGAUUCUGGCAGAGUGGAAGAAGCCAUUAACUGUUAUCGGUCAUGUCUUGCUCUUCAAUCCAACCACCCACAGGCUCUUACAAACCUUGGAAACAUAUAUAUGGAAUGGAAUAUGAUGACUGCAGCUGCUUCCUUUUAUAAAGCAACAUUGUCAGUAACAACUGGUUUAUCUGCUCCUUACAACAAUUUAGCAGUCAUAUACAAACAACAGGGCAACUAUGCUGAUGCAAUAGCUUGUUACAAUGAGGUUCUUCGCAUAGAUCCUAUGGCAGCUGAUGGGCUCGUCAAUAGGGGAAACACGUUUAAAGAGAUGGGCAGAGUUAGUGAGGCAAUUCAGGAUUAUAUUAAAGCUGUGGUGAUUAGGCCCACUAUGGCUGAAGCUCAUGCAAAUUUAGCUUCUGCUUAUAAAGAUAGUGGACAUGUCGAAGAAGCUCUAAGAAGUUACAAACAAGCCCUGCUUCUGCGUCCAGAUUUUCCAGAAGCAACUUGCAACCUUCUACAUACCUUACAGUGUGUCUGUGAUUGGGAUGGUAGGGAUAGCAAAUUUGUUGAAGUCGAAGGGAUCAUUAAAAGGCAGAUCAAGAUGUCAGUUCUUCCAAGUGUGCAACCAUUUCAUGCUAUUGCAUAUCCUAUUGAUCCUUUGCUUGCAUUGGAAAUUAGCCGAAAAUAUGCAGCUCAUUGCUCCUUAAUUGCCUCUCGCUAUGGGCUUCCUGCAUUUGCUCACCCCCCUCGUAUGCCUGUGAAGAGUGAGGGCAGAAGUGGGCGGCUCAGGGUGGGAUAUGUGAGUAGUGACUUUGGUAACCAUCCUCUAUCACAUCUUAUGGGCUCAGUAUUUGGAAUGCACAAUAAGGAGAACAUUGAGGUGUUCUGCUAUGCCUUGAGUCCAAAUGAUGGGAGUGAAUGGAGGCAACGAAUCCAAUCUGAGGCUGAGCACUUCACUGAUGUCUCCUCGAUGUCAUCUGAUAUGAUUGGCAGGUUGAUCAAUGAAGACAAGAUACAGAUCUUAAUUAACCUAAAUGGCUACACCAAGGGUGCAAGAAAUGAAGUUUUUGCUAUGCAGCCGGCACCAAUCCAGGUCUCAUACAUGGGUUUUCCUGGAACAACAGGUGCAACGUACAUUGACUACUUGGUUACUGAUGAGUUUGUUUCUCCUACACGGUUCUCACAUAUUUACUCAGAGAAGCUUGUCCAUUUACCUCAUUGCUACUUUGUGAAUGAUUAUAAGCAGAAAAAUCGUGAUGUCUUAAGUCCUAUCUGUCGACAUAAGCGAUCAGAUUAUGGCCUGCCAGAAGAUAAAUUUAUUUUUGCAUGCUUCAAUCAGCUUUACAAGAUGGACCCUGAACUAUUUAACGCAUGGUGCAACAUUCUGAAACGUGUUCCAAAUAGUGCACUAUGGUUACUGAGAUUUCCCGCAGCUGGAGAGAUGAGACUUCGGGCAUAUGCUGCGUCAAAAGGAGUGAGACCUGAUCAGAUCAUAUUCACAGACAUCGCUAUGAAGAACGAACAUAUCAGACGCAGUGCUUUGGCAGAUCUCUUUCUUGAUACGCCACUGUGUAAUGCACACACAACAGGAACGGAUGUGUUGUGGGCUGGCGUGCCAAUAAUAACGCUGCCACUGGAGAAAAUGGCUACGAGAGUGGCUGGUUCACUAUGUCUGGCUACUGGAGUUGGGGAGGAGAUGAUUGUGAGCAGCAUGAAAGAGUAUGAAGAGAAGGCAGUUGCGCUAGCCCAGAAUCCCUUGAAGCUCCAAGCACUUACAAAUAGGCUGAAGGAAGCCCGCAUGACUUGUCCUCUAUUCGACACCAUUAGAUGGGUUAGGAAUCUGGAGAGGGCAUACUUCAAAAUGUGGAACCUAUACUGCACCGGUCAGCACCCACAGCACUUUAAAGUAACGGAAAACAGUGAUGAGUUCCCAUACGACAGAUAGUAUGAGGAGAGGAGACGUCAUGAGCAACAGACGGAAUUCCAGCAGCAUCCUCGUAUAGGUCUAUGGCAUGGUGAUUGGUAGUUUGAAAAAAAUUAUACACUGGGUUGGUUUAUAUGAAUGCCGCGGUGCGCAUGCUAGUAUGUGCGACUACGUAAGCUCUUAGAGGCAGAUAGAGGUAAGAUUAAAACACUUUUGAAUGUAUUGGCAAGCGUGGCUAUUUGGUGUGUGGCUGAGAAGUAGUGCAAGAGUGAUGAUCUCGAUCAUGCUAUUUAUGCAGCUGUGUUCUUGCUGUUGACAGAUUGUUCUUGGUGUUGAGAGAAGACUUGUCACUGGCAAACUCCUGGAUGUUGUCGGGGUUUCCUAUGAUCGUGGAUGUCGAGACGACAUCCUCUUUGGUUGCUUUCCUAUAGACGAGCUGAGAAAUACUUGUUCGUUUCAUCUGCUGCUUGUACCUGCCGGAGAACUCAGAGGGGGUGUUGUUGUCAGCCAGUCGAUGGAGAUAAAAGAACCCCAUUGACAAAGGGGAAGUCGCCGUAAAAAAGGCCACAACUGCCAUGGCUUCGAGGCUGGCCCGUUACAUCAAGUUAGGCUCUUCCUGACCUUUAACCUUUCAAUUUGAGUCUCUGUUAACG